GGAACUAUAAACACGUCCAAUUGUUUCCACCCGUAAGGAUUUAUUGGUCGAAAUAUUUGAGCUUUUUACGAACCAGGAAACCAAACUUUAAUCUGUACAUUUUUUAUCUAAUUAGUCAACUUAAGGAUAUUCAAAUAACGCUAUUAACUCAAACUGUGACAGUUACUUAUCCAAAGGUGAGAUGGCAGCAUCGGGGUUGGACGAUUUGAAUUUUACAAUGAAAGAGAUAACCGGCACGCGCCAGUCUGUCUCGGGCAGCACAAGUGAUGAGACGUUCACUGCCAGUGUUGUGCCUGAGAGUUCGUCGACUCUUUCCCUAUCAGAGGACAAUAAACUCGUCUGUGUGGAAUAUCCAGGUAUUAUCUCCAAUGUGGACAAGAUGCUGGAAAGUAUUGGGGGUAUACAAGGGAUGUCCAAGACCUAUGCUGACCCCAGCAGACGGUUGGAACUUCGCUUUCGUCCCCAGGACCCGUUCUGUCACCCUGUCUGUGGAAACCGUUACCCCUCCACCAACCUGCUGCUGCGCAUGAAAAGGAGGGUGCGUAAAGGCAACCCCAAGGAAGCCCAAAUCAACAUGGACAUCCUGGGUGUCAUCGGGACGACAUACAAAUUCCAAGGGAUGGCAGACUUCCAGUAUCUUGCAGUGCAUUCAGAAAAGGACGGCUCACACACAUCCCUCUACGAUAAGAUCAUCUUGCGUAAACCAGAGAAUAAUGAGUUCUUUGAGCAGCCUGUGCCCCUCUUCCUUCCUCCACCCAUCUUCUCUCGCCUGGACAGUGCUGUGGACUAUAACUACCGACCUGAAAUCCAACACAAAGAAGGCCAUUGUCCCCCAACAGUCUCCAGGGAUAAUCUGAUUGGUUUGAGUCGAGCCCGCCGGCCUCAUAAUGCCAUCUUCCUCACUUUUAACGACCAGAACAUCCCCACGGAGCCGCUGGAGGCUGCCAAGGUCAACUGGAAGAGAGUGUGUGUUCACCCCAGUGACAUAAAGGCAGAGGAACAACUGAAGGAGAUGUUUGAGAGCCGGCCCAUCUGGUCCGGGUACGCGGUCAAGGCCAACCUGGACCUACACCCUGAUAAACUGAAGCUGCUGCUCCCUAUCGUGGCCUACUAUAUGGUGACAGGGCCUUGGAGGAGCCUCUGGGUGAGAUUUGGCUACGACCCUUGCAAGACACCAGAGGCCAAGAAAUACCAGGUGCUGGACUUCAGGAUCCGCUGCAGUACCAAGCACGGAUAUACUAUAAAUGACAUGCCAGUGAAGGCCAAGAGGAGCACUUUCAACUAUACCCUGCCAAUCACACUUAACAAAACAGUGCCCCAGGCUGCUAAUGUGACAGAUUUACCCCCUGAGGGCCCUGCUAGUGGGCGUAGUGCUAAUAUAACCAGGUACCAGCUCAAGGAUUCCUCAUACAUAUUCCGAGAUGGGACCCUGCCCCCCCACAGGCAGAUGUUCUACCAGCUCUGUGAUCUGGAUGUGGAGAGCAUAAGGAACGUGAUCAGUCGGAACGAUGGCCAGGAGGAGGAGUGUGACGAGAGGGAUGGCUGGUGUCUGUCCCACACCUCUGAUGACCUCCGAGAUAUCAUGUCCUCCAUGAUCAAGCAGGUUAUCCGUGCCAAGAGGCCAGCUCCAUACUCUUCUGGACCUGAGAGUUCUACUACCAGGCGAAAGACCCCAGAAAGUGGAGAGGAUGAUGAAGAGGAGAAUGAGGAAGAUGAGUUUCAUCCCUCAGAGGGGAGUGACAAUGAGAUGCAGACAGAGAUGCUGGAUUAUAUGUGAGGAAGGACACGGUCUAUUCCUGCCCUGACAAAUGGAUUGGAAUUGUACAAACUUGCUUCAUUCACUAUACAAACAUUUUUGUGUAUUUGCAAAUUAGUGUGAAUAAAUAUGUUUAAAUUAA